CCCAAAUCCAGUCAAUGCUUUAUUUCUUUGUUCUCGUCUUGUAUUAACAUUCUUUUGCGACACGCACAGCCACCUAGUCUGCCAGAAGCAAUUUUAUCUUUUAGCCCACUCGAUAUUUACUUUUGUUUUUAAGAAGCAAAUCUCAGCCCACCUCCCCGCCCACUUGGAAAAAGAAAACAAACUAGAAGGGCUCUUUUUCUUAUUCGUCGUCAAAAUUUUUCUAGAUUGUUGUCAUUAUUGCUUCUUGCUACUGGGAAAGAGAUCAGAACCCCCCUACCAACCAGAAUUUACCUGGCGUAAUCAAUCAUUGUUCAAUAUUUCACCCACAAUGGAAGCCCUCUUGUCACUCGCUUUCGACAACCUCUCGUCAUAUGAUGGACCCAAGAUUCGCAAGGGCUUGCGCCAAGUAGAGGGUCUCCUGGCACAGAUUUGCCUGUCCAACGGGUCUUCAGGCCGGGGACGGUCCACGUCCACGUCUUCGCCUACGCCUGAUGCCUACGAAGAUGCAUCCGGCACGGCUCCUCGCAAAGAUCUUGCCCAGCUCACCCAGGACCCGGCCUUUCGAGAGUUUUUCAAGCUACAGGAGGGAUUCGAAUGGAACGUUGCCAUGCGUCUGGUUGGCACGCUGGAUCGGCUCAUGGCAAAGGGUAGCGAUGGCCAGAAUGACUUGCUGAUUCUCAGUGCGCUGGACCUCAUCCAAGGCGUCACCCUGCUGCAUCCUCCUAGCAAGUCGUUGUUUGCGCGAGAGCAGAACAUGAAUCUCUUAUUAGAUCUUCUCGAACCAUACAACUGCCCAGCGAUUCAGUCGGCCACCCUCCUGACUCUGGUUGUCGCUCUCAUCGACACUCCGAACAACACUCGCACCUUUGAAGGGCUUGAUGGCCUCUUGACCGUCACAUCUCUCUUCAAGUCUCGAUCAACAUCUCGCGAGGUCAAGCUAAAGCUCGUCGAAUUCCUCUACUUCUACCUCAUGCCCGAGACACCCUCCGCCCCCCGCGCUGACCAGCGAGAGUCUGUGUUCCAUCGCAGUCCUUCAAAGCUUUCUGGCGCAUUCCACGUCGAUGCUAAAAACGGACGCAAGCGUGCCAACAGCAACGGGGUCACAACUUUGACUACUGCAGAGAAACAGCAACUUCUGAGUCGCCACCUUAGUAGCGUGGAAGACUUGGUCAAGGAUCUGAGAAACUGCGCACCAUUCGGUGGUAUUGUAUGCUGAGCUGGUACCGGCAUACCAAAGUGACGAAUGGACGAUGGGAACUUGGGGGCAUUUUUCUUCUACUUUUUCUUCUUAUUCAUUGAUCGCCGCCAAGGAUUCAAUGUGAUUUUUUUCUAAUCUUCAAACACAUUACUUUCUUGUCUCUCCUUUUCUUCCCCUGAGCUAGCCUCUCGAUUAGGCGGAAAUCUACAGUCACUUACAUCAAAACGACUGCAAGUAUGAAGGAAACAUAUGCAAGGAUCUAUUUGGUAUUCUUCAUCGUUUUCGCCAAAGGGGAUUUUUAAUUCGACCUAUGAGUUUGGGCGGUAUCAUGUAUUCUCAGGCUAGGCGUUGACUCAAUAGAAAUGGCAUGCAAGCUUUCUAAG